CUUCCGCCUGCACGUGUGCUUCAAACUGUAUGGAGACAAUGUAAAAGUCAAUCGUGCAGGCAGUUCUGAGGAAAGGCAUUUCAUCUCUCGUGCAGUGUGCAGGGGCAGCUCUCAUGAUGCUGCCAAGCGGCGCUGCGCUGUGUGACAGAAAUCAAAGCGCAGGCGUCGAGUCGGGAGGGAGCCUAUCUUGCGCAGACUGGGUACUGUACAUGGCCAUUGAUGCUGCUGGAUAGAUGUAGUCCCUGAUGUAAAUAAGAAUGGCGAGGGCAGCGGGUCUAACGUGCCGCGUUAUCUCUGCUUGACAUCGGAACAUUUUACGCCACCAUCGGGAUCUUAUAAAACACGGGGGCCUUUUUCCUUCUCGUUUUUUUUCAUCCGAACCUGCCUUUGAACAGCUCUGCCUGAUGAUUUUCAUUUGACACCAAGAGCCAAAGCAGACGGGCGGCUUCUUCUAAUAAACACUCGGGAAAAACAGGUCAUUAUGACCUUAGUAUCCUCCAGUACAAGAAAACCAUCGGAUUGCUUUUACGCGGCAGCAUUCUGCUUGCAUUUGUUGCUUUGGAUUUCGUGCGCUGUGUCCGGAGAGGAGGAUCAUCACUUCAGCGUUGAGGGAUGGCUACAGAAGUAUGGCUACCUUCCCCACACAGAACCGGGAAUGUCUGUCCUGCGCUCAGCCCACACCAUGCACUCAGCCAUCGCCGCCAUGCAGCGCAUCUAUGGUCUCAAUGUCACAGGGACACUGGAUGAGAGAACCGAGGAUGAUAUCACGCUGAGUUGGAUGCAAAAGCCUCGCUGUGGCGUUCCGGACAAAUUCAAAAGUGCCGGGAGGUCACGGAAGCGGCGAUAUGCGUUGACGGGACAGAAGUGGCAGCGUACGCACAUCACCUACAGCAUAAAAAAUGUCACACCAAAGGUGGGCGCCCGCGAGACUCACGAUGCCAUCCGGCGGGCGUUUGACGUCUGGCAAGGUGUGACUCCCCUCCGCUUCGAGGCCGUUCCAUACAGCGCGCUGGAGACUGGCAGGCGCGACGUGGACAUCACCAUCAUCUUCGCUUCGGGUUUUCACGGUGACAGCUCACCCUUCGACGGGGAGGGGGGAUUCUUAGCCCACGCCUAUUUCCCGGGCCCAGGCAUCGGAGGCGACACACACUUUGACUCGGAUGAGCCCUGGACCCUGGGGAACCCCAACCACGAUGGUAACGACCUGUUCUUGGUUGCGGUGCAUGAGCUGGGCCACGCCCUCGGUCUGGAACACUCCAACGACCCCACCGCUAUCAUGGCUCCUUUCUACCAGUACAUGGACACAGAGAACUUCAAACUACCUCACGAUGACCUACAGGGCAUCCAGAAAAUCUAUGGUCCAGAAAAACCUUUCAUCUCUUUAGGUCCACCAGAUAGAGCGCCACAGCCCACCAGGCCCCCGCCAACGGUCCCUCCUCCUCGCUUCCACCCUCCCUCAGACCCCCGUAAACAUGACCGCCAUGCCAGACCCCAUCGCCCUCCACAGGGGGGGGCCAAGCCCUCCAACCCCAACUCCAAACCCAACAUCUGUGACGGAGGCUUCAACACCCUGGCCAUCCUCCGACAGGAGCUUUUUGUCUUCAAGGACCAGUGGUUUUGGAGGGUACGGGACAACUCUGUAGUCCCUGGCUACCCCAUGCAGAUCAACUACUUCUGGAAAGGCUUGCCUCCCAAAAUUGAUGCCGUGUAUGAAAAUAGCGAAGGAAAGUUUGUCUUUUUCAAAGGAAACCGUUUCUGGGUCUUCAAGGACACAACUCUCCAGCCUUCCUACCCUCAGGACAUCUCGCUGUUCGGGAGCGGCAUGCCCACUCAGAGUAUCGAGACAGCUGUCUGGUGGGAGGAUGUCGCCAAAACCUACUUCUUCAAAGGAGACAGGUACUGGAGGUACAAUGAGGACAUGAGAACCAUGGAUCCAGGUUAUCCCAAACCCAUCACCAUCUGGAAAGGCAUCCCUGACUCUCCACAGGGGGCCUUUGUGGACAAGGCCAAUGGCUUCACCUACUUUUACAAGGGAAAGGAGUACUGGAAGUUCAACAACCAGCUGCUUCGUGUAGAGCCCGGCUACCCGAGGUCCAUCCUGAGGGACUUCAUGGGCUGUGACGGUCUACCUGCCGAUCCCGACUGGGACUGGAACACCCCGGUGGCAGAGGAACGCCACUACGACAACGGUGACGUGGACGUUGUCAUCAAAUUGGACAGCACGGGGGGCACGGAGAAAGCAGUGGCCAUCGCUAUUCCCUGUGUCCUGGCACUGUGCAUGAUGGUCCUCCUCUACACCGUUUUCCAGUUCAGGAGGAAGAGCACACAGCGCCACAUACUGUACUGCAAGCGCUCCAUGCAGGAGUGGGUCUGAGCGACAGUUAUCGCACUGAAUACAGGGGGGGUGUGAAGCUCUGACAGACGUCUAGUCAUUACUUGAAGCCCUAAGUACAGUAUUGGAAGCACUGUAAAGGGUACAGUACAUAAGGAUUGCCAUGUUGGCAGAUUUUAAAACAGCUUGAACUGAAAUGAUGAGCAGAACUCAACUGAAGACAUUAAGGGAGCCACCUCUCCUGUGUCCAACUAAUAUGUAUGUAUCUGCUUUGACUUUUUUCUGUAUCUUGGAAUGAACUCAAUUACGUGAGACAGAGUUCAGCUACUGUAAGUGGGACCUCUGUCUUUCCUCAUCCCUGCACGCCGCUUAAAAAGCCCCUAGCACUAACUUCAGUGGACAAAAUUAGAUAUAGGCUUCUACUUUACUUUCAUUUCUUAAUUAAAUCGCUCUGAGCUGUGCUUUUUUUUCCCCGCUGUCCCUGUAAAAGAUUCAUUCAUUGUGUGGAGGACUGAUACACAAACCAAAUAUGACCUUUUCUUCCAAAGAGGAUUACUGCUCGAUGUUGUUUUUAACGGGAUGUUUUUCCUCCAUUGAUGAACAUUGUGGCAUCAUACUCAGAUUUUCUUUUGCCAUCGGUAUUCACAUACGCCCGUCUGCUCUAUAAUCUGUGGGAAGAGGAAGCAGUCGUUAGUAAGCGCUAGGAGCUCAAGACUGUUGUGGCAGUGUAUCUCCAAAACGGGGGCCAAAAACCUCUCUGCAAUAUUUAUGUGACUGCCUUAAUCACAGAUUGCUUAAACUCCCUUCUCUUUCUCUCUGUGUUCUCUGAUGUGGAAGCUGAUUACUGAGUGACACAGCAGGAAAACAAAAGUGUGUGUGAAUUCAUUCAUUACUGCCCGUAAUGCAACUUCAAAACCAGUAGGACAGUUUUAUCCACAAUGGGUGCAUUGCUCUUGUUAAAUGUGUUAAGCAGUGCUAAAUGGUAAGCAGGCUAUCAGCUUUCAUUUACUGCCUCGCCGGAGGGUGUGAGAGAGAAAGGGAAGGUUAGUUGUGUGUGUGUGUGUGUGUGUGUGUGUGUGUGUGUGUGUGUGUGUGUGUGUGUGUGUGUGUGAAAAAGACAGUAAUUACCCACACUAUAUAUGUACUGUACUGUACUGUAGUGUAAUAUCAGUUAUUGAACUGCUUACAUCCUGCUUCCCUUUUUUUCCUGCCAAGUUUGGACAAUAAUACUCCAAACAGUGUCAGUCCAUGCAUUUUAAACACUUUUUUUUAUAUUCAACUUUUUUACAAUGCUUGUAAGUUUACAUGAUAUUUCACAUGGAAAGGGACAUGAAGGUAGCGGGAUAAAGGCAAAACAGGGCAAAAAAACGACAUGUACCCUUUUUAAAAAUGAGAUGCACACAUUAUUUCUGAUUAAAAAGUCAUCAUUACCGCAUCUCUAGUUACCACAGACACGUCAGCCUUGUUUCAGUGGCCAGCGCUUCUUGCCCAUCUUCUCACUUAGUUAUUACAAAUAGUUUUUGAGGAAAUGCAAAGUGAUACGAUUGUAUAGAAGACGACACACGUCGAAACACUAACAGGAACUAAUCCGCUGAAA